AUGGUAAUGGUGAUGAUGAUUCCUCAAGUAAUGCUAGACUCCUCUCCUUCUUCUUCAAAGUUGUGGAAAGAACUAGUUGGCAAGGAAACUGGUUUAGGGUGGAAUCCUAGCAAGCGCACUGUUGAUGCACCUGCCGAAUGGUGGCAUAAUAAGAUUCAGGUCAAUCCCGAAUAUGCAAAACUGUGUAAAAAAGUUCUUAAUCUUGAAUUGGAGGAGAAGCUAGAUAGAAUGUUUUCAAACAUUAUAGCCACUGGUGAACAUGCUUGGGCACCUUCUUGUGGGAACCUUCCAUCUCCAAAAGCAGACAUAUGCAAGGAUGAUGUCAUUCCACUUGAAGGCAGUGAUGAUUCGGUGGAUUUUACUCCAAUAGAAAGAAGUGGGGGUAAGGAAGGUGUUUCAAGGAGAGGGAAAAAAAGAUUGACUAAUGAAGCUGAAUUACAAGCUAAAGCAGAAAAGAAACCUAAAGGACCCACAUUGUUUUAG